AAUUUUCCCCGGCGUCCACAUCCCGGUCAGAUUGGCCCCGGAGGUCAGUCGGAAGCCUCCGGCUAGUGGCGACAGAGAACCUAGGUCCGGGUAGUGGGCGCAGCACGGAGUUGGAGAUGUUCAUCUAGAGAGGGAGGGACAGCGCGACCCUUGGCACCUGCCUCCACCCACCCACCAGGCUCCUCUCCGCCCACCCUGGCCCCACCCACGCUCCCCUGGGUUUGGAAAAGGAGUCUUCUCAGCCGCAGCUUCUGACCUCCCGGAGUAUCUCACUCAGGACCAGAGCUUAGUUUGCCCCUCUGGAAAGUGCAUCAGUGGCUUACGGAGGUGUGUGCCGGGUUGGACCGUGGAGGUCUGCUCACACGGAGGUUUGUUCUUGCAGAAUCGCUCAAAAGUGGGUCCCCAGGGCUCGGAGCCGCUGGGUAUGGGUACCGAGAAUGAAAGCCCAGAACCAGACUGCCAGAAACAGUUCCAGGCCGCAGUCAGUGUCAUUCAGAACCUGCCUAAAAAUGGCUCUUACCGCCCCUCCUACGAAGAGAUGCUGAAAUUCUACAGCUACUACAAGCAAGCUACCAUGGGACCCUGCUUGGUCCCCCGGCCUGGGUUCUGGGACCCAAUCGGACGAUAUAAGUGGGAUGCCUGGAACAGCCUGGGCAAGAUGAGCAGGGAGGAGGCCAUGUCUGCCUACAUCACUGAGAUGAAGCUGGUGGCACAGAAGGUGAUCGACACAGUGCCCCUGGGCGAGGUGGCAGAGGACAUGUUUGCUUACUUCGAGCCCUUGUACCAGGUGAUCCCCGAUAUGCCGAGGCCCCCGGAAAGCUUCCUGAGAAGGGUCACAGCAGGUUGGAGAGAACAGGUACUGAAUGGAGAUGUUGGGGUUGUGCCAGAGCCUCCCUGCCUCCCCAGGGAACCAGCACCCCCAAGUCCAGAGUCCCAGCCACCUAGGGACCCAGACUCUGAGGUUUUCUGUGAUUCCCUGGAGCAGCUGGAACCUGAGCUGCAGGUUUGGGCAGAGCAGAAGGGAGCCCCUGGAGGAGAGCCUGACCCCAGAAACAGCUCCAUGCUCCCUGCAGAGAAAGAGGGCAGCGUGCUGGGGCCCCAAGAAUUGGACACGUGGCUGGUGGGGACAGUUCGGGCACUGCAAGAGAGCAUGCGGGACGUCCAGGGGAGACUGCGGAGCCUGGAGAGCCUGCCCAGGCUCCCCAAUCAGCAGAGGACCCCGCCCAGUGGCCGGCCCUGGCCCCUCAGGCUCUCGGGUCCCACGCUGCUCUUCUUCCUCCUGUGGCCCUUCAUCGUCCAGUGGCUCUUCCGACAGUUUCGAACCCAGAAGAGGUGACUCUCAGUGGCAGCCAGCCGAGGUGGCUAUGAACCUGCUGUCCUGCUGUGCUCUGAGCAUACCGAGGGUUUAGGAGAAAAGCAUUAACUCCGUCGCCCCACCACUCAGUGUUUGCCUUUGCACCGGUCCCUUUUGGGGGGGGAGGGGGGUCAUUUCAGAGCCCAUCCUCCCACGAGACUUCACACGGACGCUUUCUCCCCUCCUACCCAAACAUCCAGGCUCCCUGGUGAGGGUAUAGGAGGGGUGCUCGUCCCGGGUUCUGGGUUGGCCGUGACUCGGGGGCGGGGCUGCCGGGUCUCAGCCUCUGCCUUUCCCUCCCUCUGGGUCACCUGACUCUUCUCCCACCCCAGCCUCUCCCGGUGGAGGGCCCGCUCUUGGGCAAGUCGGGACUUGGGCAGGGGCCUGGAACAAUGAUUGGCUGAGAGGCUGAAGGAGGGAGGCCAGGAGGCCCGGCCGAGUUGGGGGGGGGAGGGGAGUGAGCUCCGUUUUGCUGGCCUCCGUCCUCCUGCGCACACAUACACUCAGGACGUCUUCACGGAAGAUUCACUUACAAAUGAAUGUUUCACUAAAUAAAAUAAGACCUUAAUCUUC